AGUUAAGAUGUUAAAGUAAUGAAGACACUGGAGUUAUAAUAUUAUAACUAAUACCAGCAGAUCAUGGGAGGAAAAGAGAUAUUAAUAAAAUCAAUCAACACAAAGCACUUAAAAGAACAAUGAGAGCAAUUAAUUGAUCUGUAUUGUCCCGUACAGAGUAACAACCAUGCACCAUUUGUUUGAUUUAGUUUUGGGACAGAAAGAUCUCUCUAGAGCGGGUGACUUAUUCUCGUUAGAUGAUUAUGAGAUUGAGAGUAGUUUAUCUGAGGCUUUGGAGCAAAUCAAGAAAAUAUCUUCCUCUGCGGAUUACCAAGCUAAUGAUAACGACCAAGCUGUGGUAGAGAUCUGUAUCACUCGGAUUACCACUGCUAUCAGAGAAACUGAGUCCAUUGAGAAACAUGGAGAAGCACUGGUCUUGCUUUGGGAAUCCUGUUUGGAACAUAAUCUGAGAUCUGCAGCUAAAGAUGAAGAUACCCCACAUGGAAAAAUAGCAUCUGACAUCAUGAGCUGCAUCCUGCAAAACUAUAACAGACCCACGGUUAUGUCAUUGGCUGUUCCAGUGGCUGUGAAGUUCCUUCAGAGGGGAAAUAAGGAACUGUGCAGGAAUAUGUCAAAUUACAUUUCUCUGGCAGCCAUUGCCAAAGCGGAUCUUUUGGCCAGUCACAUAGAGGCAAUCCUCAGCAGUAUUAUUAAAGGUAAUAGCCUGCUGCUGCGUGUGCUCCCAUCACUGUAUGACAUGCAGCCCCAUCCAAUAAACCACUGCUUGGGAGAACUGAUUUCCCAGAUGCCUCAGUUAGACGAAGGCGAACAGCAUCAUAUGCUAAAAUUAUUACAAGAAGUUGCGAAAAGAAAACAACCCAAGGUUCUAACAGAGACUCUCCCUGUUCUAAUGGAAUAUGUAUCAGAUCCUAGUUACAGUGAUAUCAUCCUUAAUAUUCUCCUAGAAAUAUCAACGUAUGAACCACUUUCACUGGCAGGCUCUCUUUCCACAUUAAAAGACCUCGGGGACAGUUUCCCAUGUUUCAUUGGACAGAUAGUGAAGAUUUAUGGAGCGGUGGGACAUGCUGAUGAGACACUAGCCAAAAUGUGUUUGACGUAUUUGGUGAACCAGCUGACUAACAUGGAACAUUCAUUUCAUCAUAUUCUUCUGUUGGAGAUAAGAAGUAUCAUGGCGACUUUUAAUAACAUUUUAGGAUGCCAAAGCAGAGAUAUGUGCAGAAUGAGUAACAGCUUCACGGCCAUAGCCAAGAAUCUUAAUCAGCAGAUGGAGAAGAGAAAUGCAGAAACAUGCAGGCCAGACAGCAACAUUGAGACAGAAACCCCUGUUUAUGCGCAUGACAUAGAAGAAGACCCUCUCCACACUGAGACUAGUGAAGAGAUGGUGGAAAUUGAAACUGAAAAUGGCCGCGACCGUAGUAUAUUUACUGACACAUGUAUAGAAAGGACAUGCAAAGGAGAAAAAAGAGAUAAGAAAAUUAGCAGGUCAAGAAAACUGACUUGUAAUUCUGUGAACACAACCUGCUUGAGUUCGGGGACUGGUCAAGACACUAAAAAAACAGACAUUGUUGAUUUAAUAUCUUUUUCACAUAUGUUUAUAAAUCAAGAGGAUGAAAGAUUCAAUUCUGGCAUGGACAAUGAUAGCUCUCAGACGGACAAAAUCUUAGCUUUAAUACCAAUUAUGAAUACCAUUGAGAUAAAAACUGUAAGCGAACCAAAUCAAGAUAUCCAAAGUGGCAGUGAUGCAAGCAACAAUCUGACGCAACAGGAUAAGCUCUUCUUGCAUUUAAAGGAAAACAUUGCUGAGCUAAAAAACUAUGUUGUGGAAAUGGUAAAAAGGAUUCCAGUGCCAGAACAAUGUAUCAUUGAAGAUACUGUUAGAAGUUGUGUAGCAAAGUUGUUCUUCAGUUGUCCAAUGAAGGGUCAUUAUUGCCUUUACAGUAAAUCAAGUUUCACCCUCGUCAGCCCACAGCCACAGCUAUGGAUCCAUAUAAUGUUCCUGUUUCAGCAGAGUUUAUUUUCUGAGCCAUUGCCUGGACAGAGCACAUCAAUGCAGGUUUUUAGGACGCUUUGGGAGAAGACACGGCUGAAAGGAACUCACAGCUUCGAAGCUUCAAUUGUCCAGUCAAUGUUCCCUCUCAAAAAGGAUCUGGAACUUGUUCAUCUGCAUCUGGAAGAAGUGAGGUUUUUUGAUCUUUUUGGAUUUAGUGAGGAAACAGGGUCUUGGCAAUGUUUUAUGUGCAACAAUCCUGAAAAAGCAACAGUCGUAAAUCAAGAAGGACAACCUCUCAUUGAAGGGAAACUUAAAGAAAAACAGGUCCGGUGGAAGUUUAUCAAACGAUGGAAAACACGCUAUUUUACACUGGCAGGAAAUCAGCUUCUCUUUCGCAAAGGGAAAUCUAAAGACGAUCCUGAUGAUUGCCCAAUUGAGCUGAGCAAAGUUCAGAGUGUGAAAGCAGUGACCAAGAAACGCAGGGAUCGCAGUCUCCCCCGUGCUUUUGAGAUCUUCACAGACAAUAAGACAUAUGUUUUUAAGGCCAAGGAUGAAAAGAACGCUGAAGAAUGGCUGCAGUGCAUCAAUGUUGCAGUUGCACAAGCUAAAGAAAGAGAGAGCCGAGAGGCUACUACUUAUUUGUAAAAUGUGACCGUGUAUAGCUGCUUGGCUAGGGUAUCAGACUGCAAGACUGACUAAAGUCCAUCAAUUUUAGCUUAAUAAUGUUAAUAUUGUGUUAGAAACAUAGAAUGUGACGGCAGAUAAGAACCAAUCGCCCCAUCUAGUCUGCCCAAUUUUCUAAAUACUUCCAUUAGUCCCUGGCCUUAUCUUAUAGUUAGGAUAGCCUUAUGCCUAUCCCACGCAUGCUUAAACUCCUUUACUGUGUUAACCUCUACCA